AAUAAAAAUGAAUGCCAACGAUUUGUUUGGUGGCCUUAGUGAGAGCAGUGGGAGCAGUGACGAAGACGACGACACUGUGAUGCCACAACCAACAGGCGCUCACAAUGUGCUUGCAGAUUUGGAGCUCAGCGAUGACGAUGGAGAUGAGGAUUUUUCAAGAGAUGGAAUGCGCUCUGACGAAAACCAAAUUUCGCCGGGACAGGAGUCCGUACCAACUCCGAUCACACCGAGAGCACCAGUCGUCUUUUCACUUUCCGACGGAGAGGAUUCUAUGGAUAUGCCGGACAUCGACCAGAUGAUGAUGAAACGGAAUGCCGCUGCUGCCGCGGCCGCUGCUGCAGAAGAGCAAGCUGCUCGAGAAGCUGAAGCUGAUAGAGUUGCGGAGGCGAACAGAGCUGCGGAAACCGCCAAGACUGCUGAGAAGCGAAAAAUUGAUAAAAUUUCAAAAAGCGAGCCACCAAGAAAGCAGCCACGUCAUGAUGAUAACUCUGAAGCUGGGCCCAGCGGGCAGAUUUCGGGAGACGACGACCUUCUGGACACAAACAUUUCGCUGGAAAGCUUCGACUUGAGCAAAGUAAACGAUGCAAGGUACCAAGCAUUGAUUCAACAACAUCAGCCGGAAGAAGAAGCGCCUGGCCCCUCACGUCCAGCACCAGCUCGUCCAGCGCGGAAACUUGACGAUGAAGAAGAAAAUGAGCUUUCGCGAUUGAAGACACAAGUUUUGCUUUCCAACUUUUCACAAGAGCAACUGGAAAGAUAUGAGUCAUACAGACGCUCUUCAUUCCAAAAGUCGACUAUUCGCCGUUUGAUCAGUCAGUACACUGGAGGAGUGAACGUUGGACAGAGUGUGGUCAUCGCUAUCGCAGGAUUGGCUAAGGUGUUCGUCGGUGAAGUUGUCGAAGAAGCAUUGGAUAUUCGUGACAUAAAUGAGGAAGAAGCUAGCAAUCCACUACAGCCGCAUCAUAUUCGUCAAGCGUUCCUCCGGCUCGGAGAGCAAGGAAAGCUAUUCCCACCAAUUGGUCCGAAACAAUCCCAUCUUGAGUGAAUAAUUAUUUUUCUUUGGUUUUCCGUUUCAUUUUUAUUGCUUUGUUUUACAUAUAAUCAGAUUCUAAUGAAAAAAAGUAAUCAC